GAGUUGCCCGCGUCACGUGAUGGCGCCCAGCUGAUCUGAAGAUGGAAAGUGGCCGCGCAGUGCAAAGAGGAAUGGGAGACAUCAGUUUUUGGGCCGAGCGCACACCUGUGCAUGAAGCUGUCAAAGAAGGCGAGAUCCUGAAAUUGAAACAGCUGAUUGAAAAUGGAGCUUGUGUGAAUUUAGUUACCGUAGACUCCAUAACCCCGUUGCACGAGGCAAGCCUGCGGGGGCAAAUCCAAUGUGUACAAAUGCUGCUUGCUGCAGGAGCACAGUGUAAAAAGGAAUCUGUUCACUUCCAAUCUGUGCCUCAGGUUGAUGCCAGGAAUAUUGAUGGGAGCACCCCACUUUGUGAUGCCUGUGCUGCUGGGAGCAUUGAAUGUGUGAAGUUAUUACUGAGCCACGGAGCAAGUGUGAACCCCCUGCUGUUUGCAGCAUCACCACUGCAUGAGGCUUGUAUGAUCGGAAGUGUAGAGUGCAUGAAACUGCUCAUCGACGUCGGAGCAAACCUGGAGUCUUACGACUGCCACUUUGGGACCCCAUUACAUGUGGCUUGUGCAAGACCACACGUGGACUGCGCAAAGCUGCUGCUCAAUGCAGGGGCGAAUGUGAAUAGUGCUAAACUCCACGAAACUGCACUUCACCUCGCAGCCAAGACCAAGAACGUGGAUUUGAUCAAACUGCUCAUUGACUAUGGAGCCAAUGUUUAUGCACAGGACAACCGAGGGAGGCUGCCUUUGGACUAUACGCAAUCUGGAUCACCUUCCUCAGCGUGUCUGGAGUACUACCAGAGAAUGCCGCUGAGUUUAUCACACCACUGCAGAAUGGUCUUAAGGAAAGCUCUUGGUCCUCAAAAGUUGCAUGUGAUUCACCAGUUGAACAUUGCUCCAAGACUCAUCAACUAUCUCUGCUAUGAUUGAAGCUGAAACUCAAAAUAUUAACGGACACAUCUGAUGUAUUUAUGUAAACGCCCAAUUGAUGAUUUUUAUGAACACAUUUAAUACACUUACAUUUGAUGCCAACAAGAGGCAGAAGACUACAAAAUAUAUUAAACUGGGUAGUAACCUCCAACAUUUCCCUCCAAGUGCAAAUGGUGACUGUUAGCCAUGAAAAUUGUUGAACCUUUCCUAAUGGCAACAGAACAUACUGUUAACCCACUUGUUCCCAAGGAUAAAUUUAAACCCCAUCUAUACAAUUCGGUUGUUUUUAAGCUUAGCUCCAUGGAAAUCUACCAUGUAUGAAUACAGAUUGUCUAUUGGACACCACUGUGUUCCAUCAGGGAGUAUGAAACGAGGCACGUUUGACAGCAACAGUGUUUACAGCAGCAACCCUAAGCUUAUUAGUGGCUAGUUUCUGCUUGUUUGUCCAAUGUAGUGUUUGUUACAGUUCUUGCAUGGUAUUUUGUAAAUGCUAUUGGACAAACAGGCAGAAAACUAGCCACCAGGGCAUAUGAACAUCAACUAGCCACUAAACGAAAUGACCCACUCUCACUAGUAUCCUUACAUACGGAUGAGGGAAGGACACCAUUUUGACUGGGACAACACAUCCAUCCAAGGUCAAGCCAAACAGAGACAUGCAUGAGAAUUCCUAGAAUUGUGGCAUUCCAACCGGAACUCUAUCAACAAACACAUUGACUUGGAUCCCAUUUACCACCCCUUGAGAAAAAGAACAGGAAAUGAUGUUACCACAGGAAAUGACAUCACCCACCCGAGGAAACUCAAGCAUAUAAAUAGAAAGCAGGCUACACCACCAGUGCUUCAUUCGGAGUCUUGCUGAAGAUGUUACCUAGUAGGGUGACGAAACAUUUGAAAAUGAACCUUCAGCUUAACAAGUAACCCUACAUCCAGAACCUCAACCUGAGUUAUCAACCUUCUCAAAGCUCGCUAAUAUAAUAGAUUUCUCAGGGUUUUGUUUUCUGUAUCACAUUUUCUGCUUGGAGUCACUGUAGUCCCAUGUCUCAUUAGAGAGACAAGACUGGGGGUGGGUUAACCUGAGGGUGACCAUGCCUCAAGCAAGAGGCAGAGUUGAGAAGCUGGAAUCUUUUCAUAGUAACCUCAACCAGUGCAGGAAUUGAACCCAUGCUGUUGGCACCGCAAUGCAUUACAAACCAGCCAUCCAGCUAACUGCAGUAUAAAGUAGGAGUUCCUUCCUAAAGGGAAUGAUGAACCUGAUGGAGUGUUUACAACAAUCUGCAGUGUUUGCAUGGUUGCCAUUAUUCAAGAUUUUUUUUUUCAAUUCCAUUUUUUGAGUGUCACCAUCUACCAGGGUUAGAUUCGAGUCUGUAUCCACAGAACGUUAGCCUGAGGUUCUGGAUUACUAGCCAGUGGCAUUAGCAUUGCACUGCCAUCAGUCAGCAUCCAAAAGUUCAGAUUCCAGUCCCACAGCAAUGUGGUAAGCUAUUAUCUGCCCUCUGGGUAAUUGGGGAUGGGCAAUGGAUGUAGGCCUAGUCAGAGAUGACCUUACCCCAAGAAUGAAUUUGAAAACAAAAGGAUGAGCAAGUCACUUAGUUCAAGGGUAAUUGUUGCAAUGCUCGUUUUGCCUGACGAUCCCGUUAGGAACCAUUCGAGCAUAGUUGUAUUGCUGCCCACUAACCUCAAUGUCUUCCUGGAACAUCUGGCCAUUCUGGUUUGUAAACACACAAUGGUAAUCUGCAGUCAUUUCAUGUUGGAUAUUCACUGGUGGUUUCACAGGACUGAUGAGAGUCGGUGGCUUACACGAUGUGGAGUAAAAUAUUUUACAACUGCAGAAUAUUACAUAGAGUAUUUUUAAAUGAAAACAGAAAGUUCAGCAACAUGUGGAGGGUAAAUAUUUUGGAGCUGUGAUCUUUCAUUAGAAACUAUUUCUGGCAUCUCCAGUAUCUUAAAUUUGCACAGUGUUCUUUAUUUAUCCCUCCACAGACGCUACCAGACCUGAUGAAUAUUUCCAGCAUUUUCUGUUUCCAGAUUGCCAGCACCUGCAGUAUGUUGUUUUCGCGCCACCAAUCUUUAAUCUUUCCGGUUGCUGAAUGAAGGUUUGUGAUUAAUGUUGUGAAAAAUGAGGACAAGUCAGCUCCAGGGCAGUUGAAAUAAAGUCCUAAUAAAACUUUUGUAUUAUGUAGUCAUGAUCAUAACAACAGUUAACUAACCGUCAACCCCUCCCACUCCAUUUCCUUCAAUACUUAAAAUCCCUACAGUGUGGAAACAGGCCCUUAAGCCCAACAAGUCCACACUGACCCUCCGAAGAGAGCUGAGAACCCACCCUGAACCAUUUCCUUAUUUCUCUACAUUUCCCCUAACUAAUGCACCUAAACACUAUGGACAAUUUAGUGUGGCCAAUCCACCUGACCUGCACAUCUUUGGACUGUGGGAGGAAACUGGAGCACCCGGGGGAAACCCACGCAGACACUGGGAGAAUGUGCACACUCCACACAGAUGGUCACCCGAGACUGGAAGCGAACAUGGGUCCCUGGCGCUGAGAGACUGCAGUGCUAACCACUGAGCGAUUGGGCUGCCCUAUAUUAAACCAUUUUUCAAAAAUAUUUGGGCUUACCGGAAUUCCAGAUGAACGCUUUCCAAACUGAAAUGAAAGUAUUUAAAACAUUUAAGAACACAUUUUGUUUUCUUGCUUUGGAAUCCCUGGCUGGUGCUUGUGUGGUUUGUUUUUGUGUGACAGGGAGUAUAAAUUUGCAAUCUGUAACACAAUAAGGUGUCAGUCACUGUCAGUGUAACUCCAAUCUUUGAUAAGCUGUGUACAUUUAUUCCUGCCUUGUCCUGCUCACAUUCUGAGCUGGAUUCUCUGACGAGUGUAAUCUUGGGCAGAUUUCCACUCCACUUUUUUUUUAUAUAACAAAAGCAGAAGUAUUCUGUAUUGCUGAUGGAAGACCCCAACACUGGCUCCUUCAGAAAUGUGAAGGUCCCUUUCCAUUCUGACAGGCCCCUUGUCACGCCCCCUUUUUCCCAGCAGUAUGUUCUGUAAAUUGAGGUCCAGCAUUACAAACCAUCACUUUGACAGUUGUUGUCCUGAAUAACUAUUUACUUAACUUCAGAAGACCUCUAUGAUUUUUAAUGGAUACUUUCAGAGAAUUCCAGGCAUAGGGGAACUGCCCCGUAGAAGCUUCAAUUUCCCCAGAAAUUCAUUCAGAGGAUGCUACACCAGGAAUUCUGUUGCACUCUCAUUCCAAGAAAUGAAAAUCUGGCCUGUCGAAAAAGUCAGGUCUCUGUUUCGAUAUAGGGUUGCAAUCUACUGACAGGACAUCAUCUCAUAAAUGUUAGAAACUGACAAACUAAUCCUUUCUCUGCUUCGUAAUUUCCUGCCAUUUCUAGGCACCAAGUAAGUUGUACCUAAGGUAGACUAUUUCUAAAAGGACAGUGCUGCCUUUGAAUCAUCAGAUGCUAGUUAUCUACUUAGGCUGGCUAUGUUGUGUCUCAGCUAGCAUGCCUUGUAUCUAAGAGACAUGCUCAUUAUGUCAUCGCCAUAGCAUAGCAUGUGACCUGAUGGUAGAAAGGUCUCCGUCUCUAUCUUACUGGAUCCACUUGCAGAAUGACACUCUGAAGGAGUUGUGCUACAGAUUUAACUGAAUUGCUCAGCACUAGCCCAGACAUGAAAGUGUCUGUAACUGUAAUAUAUGUAGAUACCAAUGGCUGUAAUAAA